UUUCCGGGUGCGAGGGGUUGACAGCGACAGCUACGAUAGCUAGGCUAAGCUAACUCAAAAAACCCGAAAAGUGACCCAACCACUGCCUGCCGACGCCAAAGAGGAGAAAACGGUAAACCAUGAAGGGGGGGGGAGCGAGUCGUAUUACAACGUUUUUUUGUAGCCUCGUCGUGAUAAAACGUUAAGACCGUAGAGAGCGAAGUCGAGGAGGAAGAUGUCAACAACGCGGCCCCCCCAAGGCAUGAGGCGCAUCACCGAAGUCGCCUGCGCGGAGCCGCCGGGGAACAGCCACUCGCCUGCCGCCACCAAGCCGCCGCCGGCCGCUCUCACCACCGACGAGUUUGCGGUCCACGAAGAGAAAGAGACAGAGCUGAAAUGCACGAAGCCCAGAGUUGAGCAAGUUUUCAAAGUCACAUUCACGAUCAUCGGCCUGUUGGACCAUGCUGGAGCCCACGGAAGUAAGGCGUCCAGGCAGAUCUGGCUUCAGCUGAAGGGGAAGAAGGAGGACGUCGUGAAAGCCAAGGAGUACGUGAAAGGUCUGUGUGACCCUGAGCUGCAGAAGGAGGAGAGGUAUCCAGUGGACAUGCACUGCAUCUUCGCUGGCGCUCGCGGCCUCUUCCUGGACCGGUUGCUACGGGACACCAGCGCGGAGGUGCAGGUGCUGGAGCCGGGCCGGCUGAAGUUGCUGGGCUGCGCGGAGGCUGUGGUGAUGGCGCAGACCCGCGUGCAGCAGUUCGUCGCCCUCUUCCAGGAGAAACGCAGCCUGCCUGCUGACCGUGAGCCCAUGGUCAAGCGCACAUUUAAGACAUUUGUAGAAGAGCGAGCCGACAAGUACACCAUGGAGUUGCUGCUCCUGCCCAGCGCUCUGAAGGAGGAGCUUCUGGGGCUGGCGCAGAGCCCCACGCCACCAGGGGCCACUAUAGACGCGGAGCAGGACCGCUCCCAGACCAGCACCCCCGUCACUGAGCUCUCCCACCGCAUCCUGGGUGCCUCCUUUGAGGACAAGGUAGGGCGGCCCAUGCCCGCGACCGACAUGGCGGUUGUGCUGAAUGGGCGGCCCUCGCACAAGCGUCGUUCGUCCGAGAGUGAGCAGCGUGACACCAAGAGGCAGUACUCUCUGGAGAGGCGGGAUGAGGACCAGGAGAGGGAGGACCCCUGUGAGGCCGGCCACACCUACACCAAGACGCCCAGCAAGGCUGUGGUGGUGCUGGACUCCAGUGAGGUGUCAGACGAGGGCGAGGCGGUAAGCCCCGAGACCAACCUGCGUUGCCUGGUAAACUUCUUCAGAACCAUGGGCUACCAACAGGAGGUAGUGGAGCGGGUGGUGCGGGAGACGGGCCAGACGGAGGACACCUUCUUGCUGCUGGAGCGUAUCGUUGAGGAGACUCAGAGGAGCACCCAAGGAGGCCAGCGUUCAUCUGCCAGCUCCGACUGUGACGACCUUUCGCCAUCCGCCAACACCGUCUCCAGUUCCACCUCCGCUUGCGCCCGGCUCAAGGAGAAAGACCGGUUGCAGGGCCGAGCCCUGAUGGGGAACAAGUCCCGAGAGAACAGCAGGGCAGCCAGCCGUAACGGUCUGAACCAGAAAAGCCAGACGCUCAACACUGUGGUGGACGAGAACGACGACGUGAUAGAGAUGGGCAGAAAGUCCCGGACGGUGGGGCCACUGGACUUCAGGUCAGACUCAAGAUCUGACUACCUGUCACGGGGAGGCUCGCAGACAGUGGGGCCCGUCCGGGUGGAGGCAGUGACCAUGCUCCGGGCUGCAUCACAAAGCUCUCAUGCUUCCGAAAUGCGAUCAGGCUGCUCCUACCAGACAGUUUCGGGACGUGUGCCCCUGCCCCGCACAGAACCACCAGCACACUGCAAGGCCUUGCCUCUGACAGGCGUGUCUCGGUUCCAACAGUCCCUGCGGACCCCCUAUAAGCUGGUUCUGCAGGACGUACCCGGUCAGCCAGACCUCCGCCACAUCGUCAUAGACGGCAGCAACGUGGCCAUGGCGUAAGUGGACACGGGACACCAUCGAAUCUUCUCCUGUCGUGGGAUUGCCAUCGCUGUGGAGGCCUUCUGGCGAAGGGGUCAUCGAGAGAUCACCGUCUUUGUACCCCAGUGGAGGCAGAAGAGAGACCCCAACAUCACUGAAAUGUUUCUCCUUCAUCAUAGAGCAUACUUUCUUAAUCAGCUGGUGGACCUGAGGCUACUCUCCUUCACCCCGUCUAGAGAAGUGUGCGGGCAAAGGAUCAGCUCACAUGAUGACAGGUUUCUCCUUCACCUGGCUGAGAAGACAGGAGGCGUGAUUGUCACCAAUGACAACCUGAGGGACUUUGUCACCCAGUCUGAGGCUUGGAAGAAGAUCAUACAGGAGAGACUCCUGCAGUUCACCUUUGUUGAGGACCAUUUUAUGAUCCCAGAUGAUCCUCUGGGAAAGCAUGGACCUCAUCUGGAGCAAUUCUUGCGUAAAGAUAGCCACCGGAGUCCUGUCAUGUGCUCUCAGAGAACAGAUUUGCGCGUCAAAUCCUCGGUGUAUCCACAGACCAUUCAGUCGGUGCCGCUCCCCUCCAGACCGGCCUCCCAUUGGCCACAUUCGGGCCCGCCUGACUGGCACCCACCUCGCUCGUCCCCAUCUCCGCCUCCACAACGGUCACCGUUGGAAACUACAGAGUUGAAGAGGAAGUUGUACGACAUCUUCCCUGACCAAAAGCAGCGCAUCGAUUGUAUCCUUAAUGACAACCCUUACAUGAGGGACCUAAAUGCACUAUCAGGCCUCUUACUGGGCUGAACAGUUUUCUCCUGAGAGCACACAUGAAAACACUGGUGGUGCAUCACAGAUCAGCAGUGGAAGAUGGUGUCGUUAUUUUGUUUUCUUCAAUAAACCAAUAUUGAGCUGCAAAAGGUUUGUUUUAAGGACACUUCUCUCUACUACUCUGCGUUCAAGAUCCCACCCUCAAACGUAUAAGCACAAUAUGCCUUGCAGUUUAAUUGAAUUUGCAUUGCAUAAAAUGUUUGAAUGUUGGAAAAUGUACCAUCGAAGUGCCAAUGUAUUUGUUGUAAAUAUUUAUUAUAUAAAUAGCCUUCUCAUAAUUUUAUCUAUUAAAAAGUAAAAAUAAAAAAAACAUUGUGUUACAAGGUGUUCCAGACACAGCUGCAUUUAAAUUGGCUUUACUGUACUGGCUGCUGAAGGACAGAAAUUUGCUGUUUGCAGUUUUUGGUUUGUUUUGCUGUUUUAACUAUUGAGCCAAAUGGAAGAUGCGUUUUUUUCUUGGGUUUAUAGGUAGAUAGUAAGAGAGUAGUCUGUAGCUCAGUGAGCCCUACCGAAUUGUCCUAUGAGCCCCUGUAUGGAUCCUGGAUUUGUUCACUUGGUUUCCUUCUCCAUCUUUGUAAUGAUUCAGAUGUCAUGAGCGGUCAGCCCAUACAAACCUGUCUGGAGACCCCCCACCCAGAUGAGUCAGAGUCUUUGAAGCAGAACAUACUGAAUGCCUUUUGUCUUUUUUUAAAGUUCACAGAAUCAUCACUUCAUCACAGGCACUCCCCUUUCCAAACUCUCCACUGUGAGACACAAGCCGUAAUGUGAAACUGUGACUGACCUAGGUUUGUACUGCGGUGAAUAUGUUGACCACCAGAGGGCUGUACAGGAACCAUUGGCUCUGCUAUGUCUGUACUUAAAUCUGAGAAUGGGAGCUACUAAUGUACAAUUGUCUAUUGGAAAAGGGGAAGGGAAAAAAAAUCCAUUGGAGUUUUUCAUUUAUUGCCACUACAAUAGGACUAUUGCACAACCUGUCGAUGUCUUUGUUCCCAUCCUGUCAAUCUUGUUGCUGUCUUGGUCAUGUGCAGGAGUGGGUUCUACUUUGUGAAUUUGUAUAUGAUUCUGGGGACUUGUGGGACUUGUUUGAAGUGGGAAGGCAAGCAGUGGAUCCAGGUGAGCUGUGGGUAUCCUCGCAGCUCUACUGCUGAAUACACUGCUGGUUCAUUUCAGGAUAGCAGUGUUGAUAAAUAAUAAAGUACAUUUAUGUGUUUCAUAUACA